CGGGAAUAAUAAAAAAAAGUCAUCUUUGAAAUAUCGAUUUUGAAUGCGUGCAACGAAUGCCUACCUCUGGUCCCCGAAGAUAGCUGCAGAGUGAGAGCCCUUCGCGUCCGAGCGGCAGCCUUUGACGAUCUUCGGCGCACGUCAAACUGGUCUCGUCGCUGGCGAACAUGUCUGCGGGCUCAGGUGGCUGUGGACCCGGCCCCGGCCCUGGUCCCGGAGUCGGGUCGGGGGCCUCGAACCCCCGAAAGUUCAGCGAGAAGAUCGCCCUGCACACGCAGCGUCAGGCCGAGGAGACGGCCGCCUUCCAGGAGGUCAUGAUGGACAUCACUUCGACGCGGCUCCAGGCCCAGAAGCUCCGCCUGGCUCGGAGUCAAGGUCCGUACUACGGAGGCUCGCUUCCCAACGUCAACCAGAUCGGCCGGAGCCCGCAGGACCUGCAGACCUCCUUCCCGUCAACUCUGGAGUCCAGUCGCUCCACACGUCAUCACGGCCUGGUGGAGAGGGUCCAGCGAGACCGCCGUUUCAUUUCGCCAGUCAGGCCGUACCGCAACCGCCAAGUGGACAACACUUCAUCUAACUCCGCCUACUUGUCCCUGCCCCCUGACCCCAGCUGGAGAAGGAAUUUGUCCGGAAUCUUCCCGGGGGAUAAAAGCCAGUUGUUCCGUCUCCCUACCACUGCACUCAACAGGACGAACUCUGACUCCGCCCUCCACACCAGCGUCAUGAACCCGCCCUCAGGCGACCCCUUCGCCACGGGAGGCUCUGCCCUCACGUCCCAUGGAGGCAGGCGCAACGUCUUUCCCUAUCCUGUCCCCCCUAUCGAAGAGAACGUCCUCGAUGAUGGCAAGCUCCUCAAAGCCUGGGACUCCAAGAAGUUUCCUCUGCUGAGCUCCAGACCAAAGUCAUGUGAGGUUCCUAACAUCAAUGUCUUCAUGUCGCCAGAGCAACAGUCCGCCCCGGCCCACAGCAUCCCCUCGGUGCUCAACACGGGCGGCUCGCUGCCUGACCUGUCCAGCCUCCACUUCCCCUCGCCGCUGCCUACGCCCCUGGACCAGGACGAACCCGGCUACCCAGGCUCCCUGAGCGGGUGCAGCAGCACAGGCAACCUGGCGUCCACGCUCACACAGCUGGGCAUCAACGCCGCCACCAACGCAGCGGGAGGCAACGGCGCCUUCCACCAUCACACGCCUGGUCUGCUGGCGUCGCUACAGAGCACGCUCAGUAACCCCUCCCUGCAGUCGUCGCUAAGCAACCCAAACAUCCAGGCGUCAUUCAGCAGCCAGUCUUUCACCAACUCCCUAAGCUCCGCCUCCUUGCACUCAUCGCUCAGCAACCCUUCACUGCAGUCGUCCCUCGGCUCCUCCCCAUCCCUGCCCUCCUCCCUCAGCAGCCAAUCGCUGCACUCAUCCCACAGUAGCUCCUCUCUCCAGUCGGCCUCUAGCGGUAACCCCGGCUACAGUGGCUCCGCCUCUUACACGCCGUCUCUCAGCACAUCGCCGCGGAGACGAGCCCAUCUCUCACCGCUUAUUCUUCCCAUGGGAGGGGAUACACGGCGGCAUCUCUCCAAGCAGUUCUCCCCCACUAUCUCCCCCACGCUGUCCUCCAUCACGCAGGGCGUUCCUCUGGACACCAGCAAGCUGCCUCUGGACCAGCGCUUACCUCCGUACCCGCUCAGUCAGCACCAGACCACCUCCCAAACCCCCCAGCAGUCCCCUCUGCUGACUCAGCAUCAACCACAACAGAUGCUCCGUCUUCAGCAGCCCCGGUCCAACACGCAACCGUCACAGAACCUUCUCAACGCUCAGCACUUUGCAGCGGCGCAACGCCCAGGCAGCUCGCAAGCCAACACGCCGCUCGUAAAGAAUAAAAGUGCCUUGGACCAGUACCUCCAUGGCUCCUUGACCUCCCAGUGUCAGGUGAAACAGGAGGCGGAGCUACAAAGGAGCGGGAACCUCCCGCAGCUGCAGCAGAUGAGCCAUAACUUGUCCUCCGACCUGUACAAUGACGCCUUGCUCAACUCUCUGCUGGAUGACUCGUACCUGAGCAUGCAGCUCGGCUCCAAGUCUAACCAACAGUUCACGGCUGAGAUGCAGGGCGACGUCCUGUCACUAAACCAUGGUGGACUGGGCAGCGGCCGUGCUGACAUGCAGGUGGCGCCGGAGUCGGUGGAGCGAACGCUCCUCAACAACCAGAACUAUGGCUGCGGCAGUGAUGCUCGGCAAAACGUGCCUAACAUCAUUCUCACCGGCGACUCGCCGCCGGGUUUGUCCAAAGAGAUUGCCAGCGCUUUGUCACAUGUCCCCGGCUUUGAAAUGGACCCCUUCUCCCUGGACGACCCCCUCAGGAUUGACCCACUGGCCCUGGACAUGCUGGAGGGUGACCUGAUGCUGGCCGACCCUGCUGUGGAGGAUUCGUUUCGCUCCGACAGACUCAAGUGAGGCGGCUCCCCCUACAGGACAUCAGUGGGACAGGCGAGUGGGCGCCAGUUGAAGGCGGAGAAGACGCAAUGUUGGUCACAAGAGGGUGGACCGCAGAGUGAAAGGCAGCAGGGGGCAGCUUGUGUUUUUAGGCAUUAGCUUGUACGAGUGUCCAAGAUGCAACUGUGCAGGGAACAAGCGACGCCGCCUUUCUGUCAAAAGCUGCAACGCCUUCUGCAGAUGCAUCGUGCAAUCAGCCAAGCCGCCGCUACGUUGUUUACCUUCAGAUCAGAACUGCUUCAUUAGGAAGUCAGCCAUCAAUGACAGGAAGUAGCUUACCCCUCGCCAUGCCAAAACGCUUUCAUGCCUCAUGUCGCUAUGCAACCUCGAGAGGAAUAGAGCACAUGGCCUACGGCCUUUGUUGUGCCGCCAGGUGGCACUAUUAGCAUUGUCAUGAUUGCAUGGAUCACAUGACCCGCUGGCGCUGGCUUAAUUUGCAGCUUCUUUUCGAAGGAAGAAUUUGAUUUUGAUUUUUUUUAUACAAACUUCAACUAAACCGAAGGAACAAACUAACCCAGAUUUUACCUUGGCACUUUGAUCGACCAAUAAUAAGAAUGUACGAGAAUGCACUCACUGUGAUUGACAGCAUGUAGCCCCGCCCUCGGCACGCCUCAGCAAAACUCAUUGAGAUGCGACGCACGCUGGCGUGCUCGUAACACAGGAAGCUGUUUUUUCAAUUGUGCUCCCACAUUUCCUGUAAACAAUAACACACAUUAGGGCCGAGCAUUCAGUUGGCACAAAUUUGUCAUCUGGAAAGAACAAUUCAUAGGCUGUGUCUCAAAUGGAAUACUUGCAUCAGUACACUUCAAUAAGUAUACUGUGUACACUGUGUACUUAGUUCCUGAGUAUUUGAAUUUUGACAGUUUAGUGCUGUCCCAAUUCCUUUACUGUUGUCACACAGUUACCGAAAAUAUUAAUAAUUUGUCAUCUUCUUCCUCAUCUUCAUUUUCUUUGUUGUCAUUGUCUUCCUGUUCUUGGUCUUCUCUCCUUUUUAAUGGUUAGUUGAAACCACAUGAUGGAUUAUCACCAAUAUUUGGAUCACCCCAUCUGCCAUCUUUUUUCUCCCACCUUUCCAUUUGACCAUAAUGGAAUCAUUUUCAUCAUGAUUUCAAGUUUGGAAAGGUUUGCUAGUUUAUCCCCUUCUAGUACGUAGCCAAGAUGGCAACUCUUGAGGGUGGCAAGUGUCCAUCACUGCAACAUGCGGGUACUGACUGUGUACUGCUUUUUGUCGAACUUCUCAGUGUGAACUUAUUGCACUCACAAGACUAAGUCUAAGUAUGCAAGUUCACCAAUUGACACACAGCCUCAGUCAACUUUGGAAUGUUGCACAAAAGGUGACAUGUUUAGCACGACUCAGCAGUAAGUCAGCUUGUGCUCAGGCCUCAUUGGUGGAGUAGAGGAUGCUGUGAAUGUUUGAAAGUUGGUGGCCAUGCAUGUUACAGCGUGUCCUAUGAGGUUUGUUCUUUGGACGUUAUACCAACACACAUCAAGUUAUCCAGUCAAACGGCCUUAACAGUGACUUCCUCUUUGAAUAGGAAGUAGAAACACGCUGGUUCUAAAAAGGUGAAAACCAUGUCAAAGGACUUUAAACGCUGUUAACAAAAACAAACCUUUUUUAGAUGGGUUUUAUGCAAUAGAAUCACAAUGCAGUUCUAGACUCUGCCAUUUGGGGGAGCUUUUGGUGUUAGGGAUGAACUAAAGGCCAUAUUUCAUAUUGUCACAUUUUUACAGACGUUUGCUUUUAAUUGUUAAUGUUCCUUGUUGCUUUUAGGCUUAAGUACGUGUUCAUGUUGAAGUCGUUGUUAUAAUUGUAAUAAGCAGGGAAUGUCACGUAUCUUGUACAUAUGUUUGCAAAGCAGCUACCAGAGAUUUAUAAAGAAGCUGUAACUUGACAUUAUUUUGCAGAAAAUAAACCCAAGUGUUUAUAUGAA